AUGAACCCGGCUAAUCUCAUUUCACCAUCAUCGGUGCACGUGGAUCGUCCAAUAACAUAUGAAAAUGUACCAAUACCCUCCAAAGCAUGCCGAGAUCGACUUGUUCGAACGCCAACAAUCAUUGCCAUGGCUGGCUUGCCGGCUCGAGGCAAAACAUACAUUUCACGUAAAUUGGCUCGUUAUCUUCAUUGGAUUGGAAUCAAAACAAAAGUGUUCAAUGUCGGUGAAUAUCGACGUGCUGUAACAGAACAUGCAUACAAAGACUUUUUCGAUCCGGAUAAUGCCGAAGCGGUCGCGAUCUUGAAUCAAUGUAUUCAACAAGCUCUCGACGAUGCUUGUCAGUAUCUGUCUGAAGAUGGCGAAGUAGCUAUAUUCGAUGCAACGAAUAUUUCACGCGAACGGCGUCGAUUCAUUCACAACUAUUGUACGCAGACACACAGUUUUCGUGUAUUUUUUGUUGAAUCAAUCUGUGAUUCACAAGAAAUCAUUGAGGCGAACAUCAAAGAAGUGAAAUUGAAGAGUCCGGACUAUAAAGAUCUUUCGCAGGAAGAAGCUGUUGCAGACUUUCUUUUGCGUAUUCAGCAAUAUGAAAAACGCUACGAACCAAUUGAUGAUAAAACCGACGAAAGAAAUUUCUCUUUUAUCAAAAUCUUCAAUUGCGGCGAACGUUUUCUCGUUCAUAAAAUUGCUGGGCAUAUUCAAAGUCGAGUUGUUUACUUUCUCAUGAAUAUUCAUGUGACACCACGCACAAUUUAUUUAACACGACAUGGUGAAUCGGAGCUGAAUGUUCAACAACGCAUCGGAGGGGAUUCACCAUUAUCGCCGCAAGGAAAAUCGUAUGCUGAUGCACUCGCAGAAUACAUGGCCAGUGAAAAUAUUCCUGAUCUCAUUGUUUGGACAAGUCAGAUGCAAAGAACGAUUCAGACAGCAGCAAAUAUCGAGGCACCGAAAGAACAAUGGAAAGCUCUGAACGAAAUCAAUGCGGGUAUAUGUGAAGGUUUGACAUAUAUGGAAAUAGCACAAAAGUUCCCGGAGGAAUUUUCUGCACGUGAUCAAGGCAAAUACUAUUACCGAUAUCCAGGCGGAGAGUCUUAUCAAGAUCUGGUUGCCCGGCUCGAGCCUGUUAUCAUGGAACUCGAACGCGCUGAGAAUGUUCUCGUUGUUUGUCAUCAAGCAGUUGCACGGUGCAUUCUCGCCUAUUUUCUGAACAAAGAUGCUGAGGAUCUUCCAUAUACAAAAGUGCCGUUACACACUGUUAUUAAAUUAACUCCCAUGGCGUAUGGUUGUUUAAUGGAAUGUAUCCCAUUAAAUAUUGAUGCUGUAAAUACUCAUCGCGAGAAACCCAAAAACUGUCGACCUGAUCGAACAUUAUCCGAAGCGCUAAAUGAAUUCCUUGAAGAGCCAGCUGAUACAAGCAAAGUACGAACAAAGAGCGAAAUUGUCUAUAAAAGCGAUGGAACAAAGAUAGAAACGAUCGACACUGACGGUAAUAUUCUCGAUGAUUAUGGUGGUGAUGCAACAAGUGAUCCAAGUUUUAUUUAA